UCGAUACAGAAGAUAACUAAUGAGACGCUGCCUGUUUGUGUUUCCUCUCGGCUGCAGGAAAUAAUCAGGCGUUUCCUCCUUCGUUGCCCUGGUAGCAGUGAUGUCACAGCCCUACCUGUUCUCCAGGUUAGUUUCACUUCGUGAUUCUUCGUGUCGCAGCUUCUUUUCUCCGUCUGAAGGUGAAGGUAAACGGUGUGUGUGAGCUAGUGUGAUUUCAGCAGCAUGGAUCAGUGUGAAGAUCCUCACAGCUCUCUGUGGGGCAAACAGAAGAACCAGAACAAAUCUCAGAGUAAAGAACCUGGAUCUGGAUCUGAACCUGGACCUGCACCCAGCUGUGUGUCCUUUAAGAGUGACCGGUCGAAGGAUGUUUUUUGUUGAGUUUAAACCAAUUCGUUCGUCAAAAAAAUGGAGAACAUUAAUCCAUCAGAGACCCAAAAAUGGAUCUGAACCUGGACUUGGACCUGAUCCUGAACCUGAACGUGCACCCAGCUGUGUGUCCUUUAAGAGCAAUGACUCGAAGGAUCUUUUAAUCACUUUUAAAGGAGAACAACCUUCUGCUGCGAUAAGGAGGAAGCUGGAAAAGCACGACUCAUCUGAACCAGAACUGGACUCUGUGUCCAUGAAGACUGGCUGCAUUAGAAAACAUCCUUCUAAUUUAAGGAAAAGGCACCGCCCUGUGGAUCGAAGAGUGGAGCAGCAGAAGUGGGAGAAGCAGGAGAAGCUGGCUGACUGUCUGCAGACUAAAUUUCCUGUUGCAGUUUGUAGGCGUAAACUUAAAUGUGGCCUGAAGAAGAAGUUCCAGAGAGUGUUUGAGGGCAUCGUUGAACCAGGACAGCCGACCCUCCUGAAUGAGAUCUACACAGAGCUGUACAUCACAGAGGGAGGGACUGCAGAGGUCAAUGAUGAACAUGAGGUCAGACAGAUUGAAGCAGCAUCCAGGAAAGCGGACAGAGCAGAAACAAGCAUCAGAGCAGAAGACAUCUUUAAAGGUUCACCUGGAAGAGAUGGACCAAUCAGAACAGUGAUGACACAGGGAGUGGCUGGCAUCGGGAAAACAGUGUUAACACAGAAGUUGACUCUGGACUGGGCUGAAGACAAAAGCAACCAGGACAUCCACUUCAUGUUUCCAUUGACUUUCAGAGAGCUGAAUGUGCUGAAAGAGAGAAAGUUCAGCUUGGUGGAACUUGUUCAUCACUUCUUCAGUGAAACCAAAGCAGCAGGAAUCUGCAGCUUUGAAGACUUCCAGGUUGUGUUGAUCUUUGAUGGUCUGGAUGAGUGUCGCCUUCCUCUGGACUUCCACAACAAUCAGGUCCUGACUGAUGUUAGAGAGUCCACCUCAGUGGAUGUGCUGCUGACAAACCUGAUCAGGGGGAAUCUGCUUCCAUCUGCUCGCCUCUGGAUAACCACACGACCUGCAGCAGCCAAUCAGAUCCCUCCUGACUGUGUGGACAUGGUGACAGAUGUCAGAGGGUUCACCGACCCACAGAAGGAGGAGUACUUCAGGAAGAGAUCCAGAGAUGAGCAGCAGGCCAGCAGCAUCAUCUCCCACAUGAAGACAUCACGAAGCCUCCACAUCAUGUGCCACAUCCCAGUGUUCUGCUGGAUCACUGCUACAGUUCUGGAGGAGCUGCUGAGAACCAGAGAGGGUGGAGAUCUGCCUAGAACCAUGGCUGAGAUGUUCAUCCACCACCUGGUGGUUCAGACCAAAGUCAAGUAUGAUGGAGGAGCUGAGACAGAUCCACACUGGAGUCCAGACAGCAGGAGGAUGAUUGAGUGUCUGGGAAAACUGGCUUUUGAGCAGCUGCAGAAAGGAAACCUGAUCUUCUAUGAAUCUGACCUGACAGAGUGUGGCAUCGAUAUGGAAUCAGCCUCAGUGUACCCAGGAGUGUUGACACAGAUCUUUAAAGAGGAGAGAGGACUGUACCAGGACAAGGUGUUCUGCUUCGUCCAUCUGAGCGUUCAGGAGUUUCUGGCUGCAGUCUACAUGUUCCACUGUUACACCAACAAGAAGGAGAAGGUUCUGGAGGACUUCCUGGGAAAAGACUGGAAAUACUAUCACAAUGACACUCUGGAUGUGUUCAUGUACAGAGUCAUGCAGAAAUCCCUCAGAAGUAAAAAUGGUCACCUGGACCUGUUUGUUCGCUUCCUUCAUGGCCUCUGUCUGGAGUCCAACCAGAGACUCUUAGGAGGUCUGCUGGGUCGGACAGAGAACCGUCCAGAAAUGAUCAAGAGAGUCAUCAGCAACCUGAAGAAGAUGAACAGUGAUGAAAUAUCUCCAGACAGAAGUAUCAACAUCUUCCACUGUCUGAUGGAGAUGAAGGAUCUCUCAAUUCAUCAGGAGAUCCAAGAGUUCCUGCGCUCAGAGAACAGAUCAGAGAAGAAACUCUCUGAGAUCCAGUGCUCAGCUCUGGCCUACAUGCUGCAGAUGUCAGAGGAGGUUCUGGAUGAGCUGGACCUGAAUAAAUACAGAACGUCAGAGGAAGGAAAACUGAGACUGAUUCCAGCUGUGAGGAACUGCAGAACGUUUCGACUUUCUAACUGUAAACUCUCAGAGAGUCACUGUGAAGUCGUGGCCUCAGCUCUGAAGUCCAACCACUCCCAUCUGAUAGAACUGGACCUGAGUCAGAACUACGACCUGCCGGAUUCAGGAGUGAAGCAUCUUUGUGAAGGACUGCAGAGUCCAAACUGUAAGCUGGAGACUCUCGGAUUGUGGGGCUGCAGAUUGUCAGAGAUCAGCUGUGAUUCUCUGGUCUCAGCUCUGAAGUCCAACCCCUCCCAUCUGGAACAUCUGGACCUGAGCUGGAACAAUGUGCAGGAUUCAUCAGUGAAACAUCUGGUAGAUCUUGUGGAGAGUCCAGACUGCAGCCUGAAGACUCUGAGCUGGAAGUGAUGCUGAUCAGGACGGUGUUUGUGCUGAGAGGAUGAAGUGUGUCCUGAUGAUCCAGAGGUUGAAGCAGCAGCAGCAGCUGGUGUGUAGAGACUCUGACUGGACCAUGUUACUGGGAGGUGGACUGGGAACCAGUAUGAAGUCUGUUGUUCCUGUAUAGUUUAGUUGUGCAGCUCCACACUGUGAAUGAUGGAGAACUGCAGUUAAUGCUGACUUGAUCCGUUGGAGGUUGAUGUCAGGUUGCAGAAUGUGCAGGAAGUUUUCCACUCUGACUGAUAUCUGCCCACUUGGAGCCUCAAUUCCAGGUUUUCAGCCUUUGGUCUGUUUGUGGGAAUGUUCCAGCGUUGUCUUUUAGUUUUGUCCUCACAUGAGCAUGACGUCAUGGUUGGUAAGGAUUCAGUCUAACCUUUAUUAACACAGAAUUCUGAAAUGCAUCCUGACUCAGCUUGUAAAUACCACUAUGGGCCUUUAAGUACUUUUUCCAACACAUAUUAGUUUUUUGAUGAUUGUCGGUCAGUUUUCUGCUGACGUGUGGUUGAUCAGCACAGUUUCUGCUGUCUGACAGAAACUGUAUUUGUCCAACUGGUCAGUUUGUCUGUCAGGAUGGAAUUAUGAAUCCAGACCUCCAUCGUGAGCUUUAUGUUCAGAUCUACUGUUUGUUUGAGAUGAAAUGUCCUGAAAAUUCCACAGCAGGUGUUCUCCUGUUUGUAGCUUUAGUUGUGGGCAGUGAGUGUAGGUGAGUCCAAGCAGGGUUUUCAUUUGGACUUUUGUCUGCUCAACAUAGGAGGGUUAAGUUUGGUUCUAACUUGUAGUCAGAAAUCUUCUUGUUGCUUCUCUUCGUUUCUUUUCAGUAGGAUCUGUCGCCCUCCGUUUGCUCCUUUUUCUGUCUCCUGUGUUGUUUGAUUUGUGUGAACUCAACAACUUCCUUCAAUAAAUCAGUCAGCUUUGGUUCA